AUGACACAUGCUACCAGAGCUAUCUACCGUUAUUUGCUUGCUGACUUUGUUAAGGUCAGUAAUUCUGGCAUUUCGGAACAGUCGUUGUAUACAGAUAGUGAUAUCGUUCAGAGUCUUGAAAAGAUUGAUCCUAUCGACUUCCAUCAAGAGCUAGAAGUGAAUGGGAUCAAAUUUUCUGCCUAUCAUGCCGGUCAUGUUCUUGGAGCUGCUAUGUUUCUCAUUGAGAUUGCUGGUGUUAAGAUUCUUUACACAGGUGACUUUAGUCGCCAAGAGGAUCGGCACUUGAUGUGCGCUGAGGUACCUCCGCACCGCCCAGAUAUUCUAAUCACUGAAUCUACCUACGGAAUUCAUAUUCAUGAUAAGCGGGAGGAGCGCGAGAAGCGUUUCACAAGUUUGGUCCAUGACAUUAUUUCUCGAGGUGGUCGUUGUCUCAUACCUGCAUUUGCUCUUGGUCGUGCGCAGGAGUUGAUGCUCAUCCUGGAUGAGUACUGGGCCGCCCAUCCGGAACUUCAAGACGUUCCAAUCUAUUAUGCCAGUCAGCUUGCUUGCAAGUGUAUGGCAGUUUAUCAGACUUUUAUCGCUGCCAUGAAUGACCGUAUUCGUAAUCAAGUUGCAAAUAAUAAUCCUUUCUGCUUCCGCUUCAUUUCAAACCUACAGAGCAGGAAUCACUUGGACGACUCGAGUCCCUGCGUGGUCCUAGCGAGUCCGGGGAUGAUGCAAUCUGGGCUGAGCCGGGAGCUCUUCGAGAAUUGGUGCACUGACAAGAGAAACGGUGUAAUUAUCGCAGGAUAUUGCGUUGAAGGUACCCCAGCCAAGCAGAUCCUUUCCCAGCCCGCCGAGGUCCCCACCAUGUCGGGCCAAAUGCUACCACUCAAAUGCUCCGUUGAGUAUAUUAGCUUCUCCGCCCAUACCGACUACCAGCAGACCAGCGAGUUCAUUCGCGAACUCAAACCCAAUUAUGUUGUUCUGGUGCAUGGUGAACAGAAUGAAAUGAUGCGAUUGGCGGGAGCUCUACAACGUGAAUAUGAGGAUGACGAAGUCUGUCAUUUGGAAAUAUUUACGCCAAAAAAUUGCGAAUCUGUUAACCUGAGAUUCAAGGGCGAAAAGGUUGCUAAAGUGCUUGGUAGCCUGGCGAAGACUAGAGGAAGUAGCUUGGGUGGGGAUAUGAAGAUCAACGAUUCUGGACGCGAAAGCCUCUCUGGAGUUUUGGUCAAAAAGAAUUUCGCCUACCACAUUAUAACUCCAACUGAACUUCCAGUGUAUACCGAACUUGCCACAACUGUUGUAACGCAGAUCAUAGCUAUCCCAUUCUCUGGAUCCCCUAGUCUUUUGCAAUUUCACCUUACUAUGGUUGCUGGAAAAGUGAAAGUUUCGCAACGCUCGGAGGAAUCUGUUGUCUUUAUUGUUUUUGACGAAAUUACCGUAACAUGGCAGAUCAAUGUGGUCCGCAUUAAAUGGGUGGCAAAUCCGGUGAACGAUAUGUAUGCUGAUGCCAUUCAAAGCGUUGUGCUGCGGGCCUCACCGACUUCUUCAGCCACUUCGUCCAUUCUUCGGGAGUCCGAUUUCGUUCAGUUCUGCGGUGCAUUGGGAGUGAUGCUACAGGAUGCCUUUGGACCUGAUUGCCUGAAGAGCAGCGGUAGUGUGGUCGAUCCGAAAGUGGAUCGCCUUAGGUUAGACGUCGAUGAGAACGUGGUGGAAAUUGAUCUAAGAGCCUUGGUGAGCGGUCCCAUUUUUACCUUUCGCCUAGCUGAUAAUUAUUUCUUGUUAGUCUUUCUGGUUUGUGUUAGAUUAUCUUGCGAUUCAUACGAUUGA